AUUAUGCCAUGUCAUAUCUUCUCCCACUAUAAUAAUAAAACCACUUUAUCCAACUCCCCCAAUAACCACCACACCGCCGAUUCAUCCCAAUACUCCUCUCUCUCAUCUCUCCCUAUCUGCACCGUAACAAACCACCAUGGACUCCGCUUCUCCGGCCACCGCUGACCCCGCCGCUGCCGGCAGAUCCGGCGGAAAAAUCAUCAAACGGAGACCAAUUUCCGCCAGAAAAACCCCCUACCACCGCCCCGCACCCAAUCCGCAACCUGAAAACCCUAAUUGGCGCAAUGGUCUCCUUUUUCCCGCCAAAUUUGUUGCCGGUGGUGCUACUAGGCUUCUUUCGUCGAUUUGGAACCCUAAAAGUUGGGGCACGCGUUCGUCUUCUUCAGAGAGUGGUGAUUCUGAUUCAGAAGUUGGUAUAGAAGAUGAUUAUGUACGUGACGAAAUUGUUCCCGAUGCUGAUGCCGAGCUCAAUCAGGAUAAAGGCAGUUCGUCAGGGAAGAGUGAGAUUUUAUAUCUAAUUGAACAACUAGUUAUGCUGGAACACUUUUCAAGGGAAGAGUGUGAUAGACUAAUAGAGAUUAUGAAUUCGCGAGUCGUAGAUUAUACAAUGAAAGACGGAAUGGAUGCUGCACCGAAGAAGCCGGAUAUUAUCGGCAAAGCCAUCAUGGAAGCAAGAAAAAAGAUUUCAGAAAACAUGGCCGGUACAAGUUCAAAGUCGGACUUGGACAAUAGCAUUCACGGUUCCAAAUCUGUUAUGAAUCCAAACAUGGAUAAUCAUUCUGGUGCAUCAUGGAAGAUUCAGAACGAAAUGCAACGGUUGCAUUCCAAGGCCGCAGAGCUUUUGAAACCAAACGAGUCGAUAUCCUUAGAAGCCCCAAAACCCGAUACGAAGAACACUCAAGAUGAUGUACCAACCGAAACCUUGUCAUCUCUUCCAACAAUCGACGAGCAAAAUCUGACCGCAGAGGAAAAAGACGUUAAAGAUGAUAAAGCGGGUGAUGAUGUCACUCUUAUUGAAGAGGAUCACGAUCUAACUACUGAAUAUGCGGAAGUGGCUGAUGUUGUUAACGCUUCUCAGGGCAGCUCCAACACCAGUGAACCGACGUCUACUAAAGCGGCCAACAGCCCAUCUGUAAACCGACCAGUGACGAGAGCCAGAAGGUACAACACUAGAAGAGGCAGGGGCCGGGGCAAGGGCAAAUGAUGAGGUUUAGGGUUUUAUUGAGAACCAGUGAGACUGUAAACUUUAGGCUUUACAUUGUUGUGUUGUUUGUAGUCUAGAUGGUGGUUUAGGCUUAGGGUUUAUGUGUUUGUAUUUGAACUAAUUCAUCUGAUUAUGUGUUAGAUUUGUUAAUUAUUGUUAAGUGGAGUUGUAAUUUGUAACAUGAUGUAACUUAAAUGUUGUAGUUUCUUUGAUCUUUACUGAAUUUGAAUUGGGAAUAAA